AUGGGUAACGUAGCAUACCAUACGAAAACACCAAGAACACGUCUUGAGAAAGGUUUAUUAUUUUAUUCAUUCUAUGCGAGUAAUGUAACAAAUAAUUUCUUAUUAGAAAUCGCCGUACUCAAAGCUACUACUAAACUUAGUGAAAAGCAAAUACGAGAAAUGUAUGAAGAAUUCAAUCAAGAGGCUGAAUCAGGCACAGGCAGGAUGAACAAACGUCAAUUUGGUAAGUUUUACAAGCAUGUUACAGGAUUCGAAGACGAGAAUGGUAGUUUAGCUGAUAAGGCAUUUGCUGUAUUUGACACUAAUCAUAAUGGAUCAAUUGAUUUUAGUGAAUUUGUAUUAGCUUCCACGGUCGGCUAUAAGAUUGAUCUGGAUAGUCAGCUCGAACUUGCGUUCUCACUGUAA